AAGCCUGGGUUUUUAACUUUUCACCCGGGUUUUGACGGCCAAACCGUAACCACGAAGCAAAGCAAAACCGUAAAACGUCUAUUUCCAUCGACCUUCCUCCCAUUUUUCAAUCACAAAUUCCCUUAAAAACCCAAAAAGCUCUCCCCAGAUCUUCACAAAAAUACUUGAUACAAUUUCAGAUCCCGAUCCACCGACAAUGUCAACCACCGUCCCACCCGUCCUCCCGAUCUCCACCACCUCCGUCGCCGCCGCCGGAUCCAUCGAGUCCCAGGCCUCCCAGCCUCCGAUCGCCACCCCGGCCUUCCGCGCCUUCAUCAACCACAUCACCGACACCGUCCGCAACGGCCUCUCCCAGCGCCGCCCCUGGGCCGAGCUCGCCGACCGCUCCGCCUUCGCCAAGCCCGAGUCCUUCUCCGACGCCACCCUCCGCGUCCGCAAGAACUACUCCUACUUCCGCGUCAACUACCUCGCCGCCGUCGCCCUCAUCGUCGCCGUCUCCCUCUUCACCCACCCCUUCUCCCUCGUCGUCCUCCUCGGCCUCCUCGCCGCCUGGCUCUUCCUCUACCUCUUCCGCCCCUCCGAUCAGCCCCUCGUUAUCUUCGGCCGCACUUUCUCCGACACCCAAACCCUAAUGGGCCUCGUCGGCCUCAGCGUCUUCGUCGUCUUCCUCACCUCCGUCGGAUCCGUCCUCAUCUCCGCUCUCAUGGUCGGAGUCGCCGUCGUCCUCGUUCACGGUGCCAUUAGGGUUCCCGAGGAUCUGUUCUUGGAUGAGCAAGACACUUCCGCCUCCACCGGAUUCCUAUCAUUCCUCAACGGCGCCGCCUCCAAUGUCGCCGCCGCCACCGCCCCGGCCAUGGCCGCUGCUCGCGGUUGAUCUCCUCCGCCAUUGGUAUAAUUAGUUAAUUCAUAUAUAGAUUCUUUUUUGUUUUCCAGAAAAGAAAAUAAGUUGACAAUUUUGUCUUAUAAAUAUGUGUAGGGUGGUUUUAUUGGUGCAAUUUGUAUGGAUCUGUGUACCUUAAUUCUGAUUUAGAUGUUAGCAAAUUCAAAUUCUCAUUGUUCUUUGUUGGAUCUGUCUA